GAGGUGACAGAGUAGAUUAUCCUCCUCUCCUCUCCUCCUCUCUGCCAGCCUCAUCAUGUUCAUGUUGCAGAUGUUGACUGUUAUCUCUCUGACUGUUAUUCUCCUGGCAUCUGUGGAAGGUAAAGGCGUGCAGAUGCAAAGGGAUGUCCAGUGCUGCAUGUUGUACUCCCAGGGCAAGGUGCGUACCAAAGAUGUGUUGCGGUUUGAGGUGCAGACGGAGGGGCCCGACUGCAGUAUACAAGCCAUCAUUCUUUACACAAAGAAGGCGGUGAAGUGUGCAGACCCCAGAGACCGGAAGGUGAAGCGGUUGUUGAGAAAGCUCCUGCAGAGACAGAGAGCCAAGGCCCACCGAACCAUGUGGCUCCUUCCUCAUGACAACCUGCCUGUCAUGUCAGAGGACAAGAAAGAUAACUGGGCGGUUCUCAACGUGGAGUGAUGGAGCGCCGUCAAAUAUGGACGAAAACUCAUAGUCAUAAGCCAAGUAAACUUUCAGCAGCUCGUCAUCUUUACUCGGCGCAGCUUGCUGACUCUCCAGUCGUCUUGUGUCUCUCUCUAUCCACACUAUCUGUCUCCCUGGGACCAGACCUGGGCAGCAAUACAUAUUUAAAUGGCUUUAGAUAUUUAAACAUGAACUGUGCUUGAAAUAUUCUCAAACACAUGGCUGGAACAGUCUCAGCAGAGGAGUAUUUACUUGUAAGAUAAGUUGAACUGAUUUUUUUUUUUCAAUGGCUCAUACUGUUAUUUGCCAGAGUCUGCCUGGAAGUGUCUCCUUCUGUAACAUUGCUACCCGUGGCUGAUGUGAAGUCAGUGGAAAAGGUGUAAUUAAGCAAAUGACGAACGAGCAGUGAUAUUUAUAGAAUACUGUAUAUCAGCAGGAUACUCUAUGCUUUUGUGACUUGUAUACCUUCAGUAAUGUGUUUAUAACACUGCACACAGUUAAGAGGACGGGGUUUCAUCACGGUGUGCAGAAUAUUGGGGAACAUCUCACUGAUACUGAUUUGCACUUUGUUUGGUUUGAUCCAGGUUCCAGUUGUAUUAAAAACCCUCCUUCAGGCUUUGACCUGAAGUAUUUGACUGUUAGACAGGUGAAGUCAAAGUGGGAUCACAGAGAAGAUUUCACCUGGAUACAACUUCCUGUGUCACAUAAAGAGAUAAUGUUCCUGAUAUUCCGUCCACUCUGUAUAUUGACUGUUUGUAAACUCAGCAUGAAUCUUUUACAAUGAGGCCCUCAGGCAUCUACCAGAGAUUGACAUAUCUUCACAGUUUACAUUUGUCUUUUCCACCAAUAGUCUGUCACUAAACUAUGCCAAAGUAUUCAUGACUGAACUCACCACAUGGCAAGGCUGUUAAAACUUAGAGGGCUCAACUGUGUGUGAAGCACACGAGUAUUGUAUUGUAGAAGAAUGCACUGUAUGGUAAAAACACAGUAUCUCAAGUGAGCUAUUUUAUAAAUUAAUCUGAAACAAUAA